AAACUAGUAAACCCCAAAACCCCUAAUUCACUCUCUCAACCACCAUUAACAAUGUCUACCCUUACACCACCACCACCACCACCUUCCAACUCCGACACCACCUCCCUAACUCAUCUCAUUCGUACAACGCUUUCCUACGACACAAACGUAAUGCUCGCCGCAAUCAUUUCCCUUCUCCUCGUCAUCCUUUUCGUCCUCCUUCUCCAUCUCUACACUCGUUGGUUCCUCGUCCAAGCACGUCGUCGUAGCCACAACUCCGUCGCCGUCCCACACGUCUUACAAUCACGAAUCCAUCGUCAUACUUUCACCAUAAUCGACUCGUUACACACUAAUGACCAAGGAAAACAAAUGGGCCUUCCUAUUUCAAUCAUUUCAUCUUUGCCGUUAUUUGUUUAUAAACUAGAUCACCGAGAUUAUAAUCAUAAUAAUCAUGAUUAUGGGUUAGAAUUAGAAUUAGAAUGUGCUAUUUGUUUAAGUGUUUUUGAAGAAAAUGAAAUUGGGAGGAAAUUACCAAGUUGUAGCCAUGCAUUUCACGUGGAAUGUAUUGAUAUGUGGUUGCAUUCUCAUUCCACUUGUCCCAUUUGUCGAGCAUCAAUUAACUAUCAUCACAACACCAAUCAUCAUAAGUCCAAAUCCGAUAAUCCAGAUAUCGAAAUCCCUGAUCAUUUUGAUUUUCAAAAUGAUCAGGAUGAUUCAGAAAGAUUCCUGAUCAAUACUGAUCAAGAAUCGCGAUCAAAUGAUCAUUUAGAGAUCUUGGAAACAAUUGGUAAUGAGAUACCCGAAUCUCGUGUGGAUAUUGUUAUGGAGAAUGGUAGUGAUUCGUCGUCUUCUUUUAUCGAGGAAACGACCAAAAGGUUAAUAUUGAGCUAUAGUAAUAGUUGUAAUAGCAGAUCUGGAGGUAAAAUUUAUCCACCAUCAAAUGGAAAUGAGGAUGAAUCACAAGCUUGAUGUUGAAAAAGGUAUAGGUUUACAUUUAGUGUAGUUAAUUACUUACUUAUGGUAAAAAUGUUAUUGUAUGAAGUAAAAAUAUUGUUUAGUGAACAUGAAAUUUUUUGGAGUGAUCAAAUCACUGAAUUUGGGGUUGUUUAUCUUUGGGUUAUGAAAUCAUCAGGAUGUUUUGUGUGUAACGAAUACAAUUGCUGAUUUUUUAUUUUUUUUUGUUAUUUGUUCA